AUGGCCGAUACUGCGGUCGGCUCACGAAAAUGGCGUUUCCAUCCGGGUCGAAACCAAUUUUUUUGCGAUGGGCGCAUCAUCAUGGCUCGACAGAGCUCUAUUUUUCUUUUUACUAUAUUUGUAAUAUUUGUCACAAUGGGACUAUUUUUUGCAUUUGAUGCUCCCUAUCUUUUCUACAACGUUUCGCCAGCUUUACCAAUUAUUGCUGUUCUACUUAUGUGUUUGAUGUUAGGGAAUUUAUUAAAAACUUCUUUUUCCGACCCUGGAAUACUUCCAAAGGCAACUAAUUUGGAGGCUAGUGAAAUAAACCGCCAGAAUGCUAUUGAUAAUCAUUAUACGACAGAUACUCUUCGACCACCUCCAAGCAUUAAAACAGUUUCUGUUAAUGGCCAAAGUGUAAAGUUAAAAUACUGCUUCUCUUGUCGGGUGUUCAGGCCGCCAAGAUCUUCUCAUUGUUCUGUUUGUGACAAUUGUAUACUAAGGUUCGACCACCACUGUCCGUGGGUUGGUAAUUGUGUUGGUCAGCGGAACUACCGCCAUUUUUAUUUCUUCAUUGUUUCACUUACUGUUCUUAUUUUUUAUAUUUUUGCCUGUGUUUGCGUUCAUAUUGCUUUAUUGUCAAAAACGGAGAAGGCGUUUUUGGGAGCUGUCAGAGAAAGUCCUGUUUCUCUGAUAGUUGCCUUAGUGUGCUUCUUCUCCAUUUGGUCUAUAUUUGGUCUUUCUGGUUUCCACACAUAUCUUCUUUCUACCGACCAAACGACGAAUGAAGAUAUUAAAGGGACAUUUAGUUCUAAAAAUCAUCCGAGGGUUGUGAAUCCUUAUGCCAGCGGCUCUAUAUUUCAUAACUGUUUCAAAAUACUCUGUGCUCCGGAGCCACCCAGCUUGAUCGAUCGUCGAGGGAUAGUUCAACCUGACCCUUACGUCAUAGUUCGUACUUGUGAACCUCUACCGAGCCAAGCAUAUGAGGUCGAAUCGGGAUCAAAACAUUCUGAACCGCUCAAGGAGUAUGUAUUUGUAUUUGAUGUUUCGAACCAAAUAGACUCUUAA